AUGUUCUCCGCAAUACGAAAAAAAUUGGGUGGUGACAAAGAAGAGAACAAGUCGACUGUUAUGCCGUCAGGUGUACAACGAGUCGACGCGGAAUUGCAGAGAAAAUUCGCUCGAGGAGUACAGUACAACUUGAAGAUUGUAAUUCGCGGAGACAGAAACGUCGGUAAAACUUGUCUAUGGAAACGACUUCAAGGGCUUUCAUUUCAAGAGGAAUACGUGGCAACCGAAGAGAUUCAAGUAGCCAACAUCAACUGGAACUAUCGCGCAACGGAUGACGUUGUCAAAGUUGAUGUUUGGGAUAUUGUAGAUCAAUCCACUAAGAAAAGGGUCAAGGAUGACAAGUUAAAAUUGGCGAACAAUGGGAUGGAUAAAAAUGAUGGUUUAGAUUACGAGGACACAGCCUGCGAUGCACGUUUUGUCGAUGUUUACAAAGGAACAAAUGGUGUCAUUUUUGUAUUUGAUAUUACAAAAACGUGGACAUGGGAGUAUGUACAAAAGGAGAUUGUGAAAGUUCCGAACAAGAUUCCUGUUCUUGUUCUGGCAAAUCGUCGAGACAUGGGUCAUCACCGUCAAGUCACCGAUCUACAGUGCUCGACAUUUGUUGAGCUGUUCAAUAGUAGUCAUCCUUCCCCAGAUGGUUCUCCACGUGCUCGUUUUGCCCCGGCAUCAAUGCGAUAUGCAUUUGGACUAAAAUUCGUACAUCACUUUUUCAACAUCCCUUUCCUUUGCCUUCAGCGUGAAUCAUUAAUCAGACAAUUAGAAACGAAUAAAUCAGAAAUUGUGUCUAGCUAUCACGAGCUUGACUGCUAUCAGGAGACCCCAGAGGCCGACUAUGACACUUUUAUUGAACUUGUGAACCAGAAGAGAAGAGAGUAUGCAGACAAAAAGAGUGAAAUGGCAAGACAAGGUGCUGUACAAACGUCUGGAAGAGUCAUGGGUGGCGGACAACCAAUUCCAGGACAAAGGCUCACGCCACCGACGAUUCCACGCGCGAAUAUAGAUCAGUCAGAAAAUAAUGCAACACAACCUGCAUCUGAAACAACCCGUAAACACUCCUUCGAGAUGGUUGGUGAUGAAGAUGAAGACGGUAUCAACACCUUUUUAGGGGAAAAACAAGAAACAAAAAACCAUGGAGUUACUAAACCCAAACAAAGCGAAAGUGAUAGUGAGACUGAAAAUAACAUGGUUUGGAAGUUCGAAGAGGAUUUCUCAGUUGACGAUGAGUUGAUGGAAAGAAUGGCAAAAGCUGGAGAGCAGAGAAAAGUACAGUCGAAUUUGAAGAAGUUGGCAGUACCCGAAACUGUGGAAAGAGAAGUGUCAACUCCAAUCGCGUAUCAUGUUAAAGUCCAUGACGAUGACGUCGAUUCGCCCGUUAUUGAACAACCGCCAAUUGCAUCAGAGAGCUUUGAAAGUCCAAAAUUCGAAGCACCACCACCACUUCCUACGAACAACCCCUUAACAGUUGCCAUGACGUCAGACGAUUUGGAUGCUUGGCUUGGUUCUGAUGACCAGUCACCAAAGUCAACUAAUACGGUGCCUGAGCAACACAACAGCAGCGACGAAGAAUUCGGAGUGGAACUUCCGGAACCUAUAACAAAGCCAACAUUGGACAUUUUCGCACCUAUUUCCGACGAUAAACCAUCAUCGGAGUCUAGAACACCGGUGAAUUUGGAUGAUUCUUUGGAAGAAAUCGAUAAAAUCGAAAAAAUCACGAAAAAGAAAAAGACCAAAAAAAGUACGAAAAAGGUGAAGGCAGAGGAGGAAGCUGAGCAGGAAGAAAAAUUGACAAAGAAAUCCAAGAAAACUCCAAAAAAGAAGGCUGCCGAAAAAACAUCCCAAUCUCUUCUCGAAGACUUUUUAGGUCCUGCCGAUGAUAACGUUGCCAGUGGCGGCUAUGAUCCACUUUAAGCAAAUUGGCUACUGAAAACUUAUAUCAAUCACUAACUCGGUCAGGCAUUUUAUCAAGUUUUGCCAAAUCAUUGCCAAGGUGCAGCUCGAUAAUAUGUUUUUUGUUUUCCAAUACGCAAGUUUCACAAAAAGCUUAAAUCAUUUUUAUUUUAUGGUUAGAGCUCUUGGAAAAGAAACAGAAAAUGUAAUUAAAGUUUAUUAUUAUUUAUUAUGCCCUUACUUGAAUGAAGAAUGUAAAAAAAUGUGUCGAGAAUAAAUUAUUAAAAUCAAAUGACAAAU